GUAAAUAGUGAGGCCCAAUGAAUAAAAAGCGGCAGCCCAAUUGUGCUCACAAAAUUUCUAAUACCAAAACCCUACCUCACAACCAUGAUAUAAUCUCACUUGGCCAUCAAAUUUCUCAGACUGCAGCGACCACCAUGGGUGCCUACACUUAUCUAUCUGAGCUAUGGAAGAAGAAGCAAUCCGAUGUGAUGCGAUUCCUUCUCAGGGUUCGCUGCUGGGAGUACCGACAGCUUCCUGCCGUUGUACGCGUCACCCGCCCCACGCGACCCGACAAGGCCCGGCGCCUUGGUUACAAGGCCAAGCAGGGGUACGUAAUCUACCGAGUUCGUAUUAGGCGUGGUGGAAGAAAGAGGCCUGUUUCCAAGGGUAUUGUCUAUGGAAAGCCCACAAAUCAGGGAGUUACUCAACUGAAGUUCCAACGCAGCAAAAGGUCUGUUGCUGAGGAGCGUGCUGGACGUAAAUUGGGCGGUCUACGGGUUCUGAGUUCUUACUGGAUCAAUGAGGACUCUACUUACAAGUACUUUGAAGUAAUAUUGAUCGAUCCAGCUCACACCACAAUCCGCAAUGACCCACGUAUCAACUGGAUCUGCAACCCAGUCCACAAGCACAGAGAGCUUCGAGGACUUACAUCGGCUGGAAAGAAGUACAGGGGUCUCAGAGGCAGGGGCCACUUGCACCACAAAGCACGCCCUUCAAGAAGGGCCACAUGGAAGAGAAACCAGACCCUUUCUCUUCGCCGUUACCGUUGAUCAUAAGCAUUUUUGGGUUUUCGAUAUCAGACUCCAAAUAUGGUUUGUGUUCCAGGAGUUGCACACACUAUCUUUAGGAGAGUCUUUAAGUUUAUUUGUUGAGCGUGUAUUACAGAUUUAUUGCUAUUGAACUUUUAUAAUCUUUGAA